AUGAAUUCCAGAGCAAUUCAAACAAAUGAAUAUUCCAAGUUUCCUCAUGCCCUGUCCACAAAUAACCCGGGGAAACGCCUGGUGCUGAGGUCGUUUCCUGCCCCUUGCUGCGGUUCCCUGGCCCCGCGGGGCUCCCCGAGAGCCGUGUCCCGGAGCGGGCAGCGCCGCGGGACCGGCCCGCAGCAGCCCUGCGGCACACGGAGCGAGGGGCGCGGCCGGUUCCCCGCACGGACCGAGCGGACACAGCUGCGGACCGGGACGGCCAGCGCCCACACGGGGGCGGCCGGUCCCUCGUCACGGCCGCUGUCCGCUCGGAAGCGGGUCCGGGGGCUCAGGGGCGCUGCCCGGCGGAGCCGCCUCACCUGGGUCCCCGCAGUCGGCGCAGCGAUCGUUACCGGUCCCGGCCGCCCGCUUCAGCUCCAGCAGCAGCGCCUUGUUGUGGUCGUAGUCCAUCGCCCCCGGUGCCCGGCGUGGAGUCUGCGGGAAGCUCGGCCCAGCCGGCAAAUGAGGAACAGGAGCGGCCCCGGCGCCCGGGACGCCCCGUCCCCUCCCGUGUCCCCAGGCGCUUCCUCCUGCCGGCGGCCCGGGGCGCGCGGCCCCCCCGGCCCGGCUCGGCCCGGCCCGCGGGCACCCGUCCGGCGUUCCUGUCCUGGCCCGGUCCCCGGCAGCUUUCCUGCAACGAGUCGGAAGUUCUGCGCUGACAGUUCAUUACUAAGGGGCCUCUAUCCAGGGGGGCUCGUCCGCGCACCUCCAGGUCUGCCUCAGCCCCAGCUCUCUCUGAAAGUAAGUUUACAAAGCUUGCUGGGGAACAGAACGGCAGUGGUGCCCCAGAUACCGACCGAAAAAGCACCGGGACCGCCGGGGCAGCAUUCCCCUUCUAGGAACUGUUGCAUACUGGAAUGUAAAUGUGGAUUUAAUUUUCCCCAGGAGAAGCAUAGACUGUUGAUACAAAAAAAUCAAGCCAUGAAGAUUUUAACAGCCACCACUGCUUUUUUUGAUAAUUCUGGACAAUGGAAAGAAUAAACUAUGAA